AUGACGCCCAACAGCAUCCCGGUGGCCUUGGCCGCGCUGUAUGUGGCGGAACUGCGCUUAGCCUUCCGCGCCAUCCAGGAGGUCAAGUGGGAUGACUUGUGGCGUCCCUUCGCUAAGACGCCGCUGACCACGUCGUCGACGUCGCUGCAGAUCUUCGUGAAGCACGGGGAGCUGCUGCUGGGGAAGUUGGAGAAGGUGGGCCGAAGGGCCGAAGGGCCGAAGGGGGGGGGGGUGCCGCAGGGUGCCAGGGCCGGGGGCCAUGAAAGUGAAGAAACUCUGUUGAGCCAGGUUAGAUAG